UUCCGAUAACAGGGCUAGUGUCCUCUGUCAAUACGUCAACAUGCUGUCUACAAUAUGCAUUAAUUAAAUUCCUUAAUACAUAAUAGUGACUGUGAUACCAUUAUGACGUUAAAGAGUGUUAUGAAGAUGCAAGAGGAAUAGCUAGAUGGAAAUUGAAGCAAGAUCUCAGGACUCAGUUUGGCGCUGGUCACUUCUGUUUUCUGUUGUGCUGUUAAACGUGUGCUUGCCGAACUUGGUGCUGUCGUACGGAGUGGUGCUGCUGCACGCGGUGCAGUUGGGCGUGCCGACGUGGCUCGGGCUCUCUACCCCCGUUACACAUAUCCUCACAUACGGCUUAACGCAAUGCUGGUGCCGCGAAGCAGCAGAUUCGUGGGGCGGGCCGCUGGGUUACCGCGCGAUGGCAACGGCGGGACUUCUGCUGAACGUGGCCGGACUGGUGGCCUGCGGCUUCGUGCCGAUGUAUGUCGUGCCCUUCGUUUACGGUGUCGCAGGAGGCCUCGGCUCAUCACUAAUAUCAGCACAAAUAGAUGCCGUUGUGUAUGACACCUACGACUCACAUCUUGGAAUCGUUCGUGGAUUGUGUCUCGCAGGGCAGGCAGUCGGACAGGCGCUCUUUCCUCACAUCAUAACCGCCUUGAUAGAUAACUAUGGAUACUCGUACGCACACAUAGUUCUCGGCGGAAUAAUGCUCCAAACUUUGCCAGCUGUUAUGCUACUCAAAGUAAAUCCUACUGCUACAAGACCUGUCUCAUUCUCUAGGUACAGUGAUCUAUCCAAAACGUAUGCAAUUUACAGCAAUGAAAUCGAAAAUGAAUGCUACACAAACGAAAUGCAAUUACACGACAUGGGCAGAAAGUGCUGGAAAAGUCCGUCUGAUGACAACUUGCAUCGGGGGGAGGUGUUGAGGAUUGAUGCCGGCGAGUCGUACACUACGACCACCAUAACACCGCCUAAUAGUCCAGAAGACACGAGAAGGAAUGUCUUUGGGAUCAACAUUCUGCCCGAUAUUCUAGAAGAAACUGAAGAGAGCGAAGAAGACGAAGAUGAUCAUAGUAAUAUUAAAGAAACUGACAUUAAUAAGAAUAAUAAGAGAUAUACUGCAGCCAUUACGAGACUGAGUACUAUAAGCGAUAAUUUAGAUGAUUAUAUAACGAGACAAGGCAGAAGAGAUUCUGAAAGUGACCGGGAAUGCGAGAAAAGCAGAGAAUAUUCAAAAAUAGAAGUGACGUACGACAAUGUUUCACCUAUUACAGAUAUACAAAGGGAAAAAAUUAUGAAAUCAUUCAGUUUCCGUUGUGAAUCUGCUUACGCUAGAAUACGAAGAAGGCUUUGGAUGCCCUCGUACAGAAUGUACAGAGUACGCAGGAAACUGCAAUUCACGUUGUACAGUAUCAAUGACACUUUCAUAAAACCAUUGACGAGGUCACUAUGCUCUUGGAGAUUUUAUCCUGCCCUACUUCUUAGCUUUUCUCAAUUAAGUUUGUUAGCGAUAUUACUAGUGCUUCUUCCAAUGGUCGCCUCCCAUGUCCGUCCGAAGAUCACUAUGACAGAGUCAAAUUUUUUGAUGUCUCUCCAUGGGUUUACUUGGCUUUGUUUCCUACUGAGUACGCCAUGGCUCACCGAAACGCCUAAAAGGAAUUUCAAAUAUGUCGCAGUGCUCGGGCUUAUUAUAUCUACUCUUGCAUGUUUUGUUUUGGCGGCUUCAGACAGCCACGACAUGUUUUCGAUCGGCUGCGUUGUGGCCGGGCUGGGUUUUGGCGCCAUAAGCUCAUGUUGGGAGGGCGCCGUACAAGACUUCGUUGGAGUCCGAAAAUGGCCAAAACUACGAAGCACUUUGGAAACAGUAUCCGCCGUGUUAUUAGUUACAUUCUUUGUGUCUGUGUGUUUAUUGACGGACAUGGAAAGUAAUUUACAUCUAUACAUAUUCAUUUUAGGUAUCAUACUUUCCGUGGUGACAUUCGUUUGGACUAUCAUAGCCGCUGUGUCAAUUUAUAAUACUACAAUUAAAAUGUGCUUAUUCAACAGGUUUAGAUAGCCGAAUA